AUGGCCACCAAUGGCGACUAUCCGUCAGACGACGACACGCCGCCUCAGUCACCUACAAUGAACGCGACCGAGCCCGGCGAUAUUGAGCGACAGAAGGGCCCCGCUGCUGCGCCUAGAUCUGCUCUGAAGAAAACCAACGCAGCAGCGGCAGCAGCAGCAUCUCGCCCGACACUCCCCGAACAGCCCGAGCCGUCAACGCUAGAUGUGUCCACCCUCACACCCCUCUCCCCCGAGAUCAUCGCCCGGCAAGCGACCAUCAACAUCGGUACCAUCGGCCACGUCGCUCACGGAAAGAGUACUGUUGUCAAGGCCAUCUCCGGCGUGCAGACUGUGCGAUUCAAGAAUGAACUGGAGCGAAACAUCACAAUCAAGCUGGGAUAUGCAAAUGCAAAGAUUUACAAGUGUGAUAGUGAGGAGUGCCCACGUCCUACAUGCUACCGAAGUUACAAGAGCGAGAAGGAGGUUGAUCCACCAUGUGAACGCGCGGGCUGUGAGGGCACAUAUCGCCUGCUCCGUCACGUCUCCUUCGUUGACUGCCCUGGGCACGAUAUUCUGAUGAGCACUAUGCUUUCAGGAGCCGCUGUCAUGGACGCCGCGCUUCUCCUGAUUGCAGGCAACGAAACUUGCCCACAGCCACAAACUUCAGAGCAUCUUGCUGCCAUCGAAAUCAUGAAGCUCCAGCACAUCAUCAUUCUCCAGAACAAGGUCGACCUCAUGCGCGAAGAAGCUGCAGCCCAGCACUACGAGUCGAUCAAGAAGUUCAUCCGCGGAACAGUCGCCGACGACUCGCCCAUCAUCCCCAUCUCCGCCCAGCUAAAGUUCAACAUCGAUGCCAUCAACGAAAUGCUGGUCACCAAGAUCCCCGUGCCCAUGCGGAACUUCCAAGAUGACCCUCAUCUCAUUGUCAUUCGUUCUUUCGAUGUCAACAAGCCCGGUUCCGAGAUUGAUGAGCUUCAAGGCGGUGUAGCAGGAGGAUCCAUUCUUACUGGAAUCCUUAAACUCGGCGAUGAAAUCGAAAUUCGCCCUGGAAUCGUCUCCAAAGAUGAGCAGGGUAAGAUUCAGUGCAAGCCCAUCUUCUCCCGAGUCAUCUCCCUCUUCGCAGAGAACAACAGCCUCAAAUUUGCCGUUCCUGGCGGUCUCAUCGGUGUUGGUACCCGGAUUGAUCCCACGCUCUGCCGCGCCGACCGUCUUGUCGGUUUCGUGCUGGGCUUGAAGGGCAAGCUUCCUAAAAUCUACACCGAGAUUGAGGUCAACUACUUCUUGCUGCGGAGACUUCUGGGUGUGAAGACCGCCGAUGGCAAGCAGGCAAAGGUCGGCAAGCUUACCAAGCAGGAGGUUCUCAUGGUCAACAUUGGUUCUACCGCUACUGGUGCAAAGGUUCUGGCCGUCAAGGCAGAUGUUGCAAAGCUGCAGCUCACCUCGCCAGCAUGUACCGCGAACGGCGAAAAGGUCGCUCUCAGUCGUCGUAUCGAGAAGCACUGGCGGUUGAUCGGCUGGGCCACCAUCCUCCAGGGUGAGACUCUGGACCCUCAAGGCAGCAAAUAA